GCUCGAUGCAGUUUAAAGCACAUGAAGUGAAAUUUCCUGGAAAUAUCUAAACUUUAAGCUAUAGAUAUAGGAGCACGCCAUGGCACAUUUCCGAACAUAUGCCUAGCACUUUUAUUCAAAACACAAGACUGAAAUGUUUCGAACGAAUAUUGUGUAUACGAAAAUGAUCUUGGAAUUUGUAAAAAUAGAUAGCUGUACAUGGUGUUCCUUAAUUACGUGCUAGUAUUGCGGUAUAUGAUUCUUUAAAUCAUUUUAUAAGGAUAUGAAAAGGCCUUGGUCCAUACUAUCUACCAUUUCACUAAGUUCUUUAACUAUGGAACACUCUGAAUACACCAAUGGCAUUGAGCACAGUUUAUGUUACAAAAUAGUGUUCAACAAUUCAAAACGAUUGGUUGACAGAGGUGUACAGAUGAGUAUUCACAUUUUAUUUGCAGAUCAUUUUGAUGAUCAUUUUCACUUUGUUUAUUCAAAUAGCCUUUGCUUAGAAAUAAUGCUCAUCUUGUGAAGUUUGGGCUUUCCGUAUCAAUCAGCACUGUAUUUUUCCGGUCAGCUAGUAUAUAUCCACUAAUGAACAAGGCAGUCCUAAU